AUGAAGAGGCUGGUGCCAGUGGUGCGUUUGUUCCCACUAUGCAGGUUUUCGCCUCGAGCAGAAAGGUACAUCCAGCAGCUGCAUGGAGUGCUCGACUUUUUUGAGUACUCCCGCAGUGACAUUGCUGUUUUGGUCCGGAAGUGUCACUACGACGAGAACCAGAUCCAGAUAGCAGUGGCCAACAUUAUCGAGGACCGUUCCAAUCACGGGCAAGAUGAGUGGGAGACCGUGGGACGCAAGAAGCAGACGAAGGAGAAGAAGAAAGCAAAAGAUGACGAGGCAGAGGCGGAGGACAAGAAAGAGGAGGCUCCUGGCCACAGACAGGAGCCCCUACGUCAAGAGCAGGACGAGUGGUCCACUGUGAAGAACAAGAAGCAAGCCAAGGAGGAGAGAAAACUCAAGGAGGAGGAGGAGAAGAAGGAGCAUGAGAAGAGAGAGCAGUUCAUCUCCCUGACCAAGGACCGAGCACCUCUCGAACCUGACGAGUGGUCCACCGUGAAGAACAAGAAGCAAGUGAAGGAGCAGCGGAAGAUCAAGGAGGAGGAAGAGAAAAAGGAGCAGGAGAAAAAAGAGCAGGAGAAGAAAGAGCAGGAGCGUCUGCAGAAGGAGGAGGAGAACAAACGCCGAGAAGCCGAGAGGAAAGCUGCUGCUGAUGCUCGCGAAGCGGAGCUUGCAAAAGCUCGAGAAGCUGCAAAUGCGGCCGCCGCCCCAAAGCCGCCUCCAAAGGCAGGAGGUAAAGGAGGCAAGGCUGGCAAGAAUGGCUUCCAUCACGAUACCUCUUCAGCUUCGGCCCUCCCGCCGGACCCUGCCAUCCUCUUUGCGGGUGCCAAGCCGGAGGAGCAAAACGGUGACCACAAGGAGGAGGGAAAGCCCAAGGAGAAGGAGGUGGAGAAGACGGAGGAGAAGCCAAAGGAGAAGGAGCCGGAAAAGGAGCAGGAGAAGGACAAGGACAAGGAGAAGGAUUCGGAAAAGGAGCAAGAGAAAGAAACGGAGCCGGAGAAGGUAGAGGAGAAAGAGACGGAAAAAGAGCCCUGGCAAGGUGGCCAGUGGUGGGAAGGCUCCGGCGAGAGAUGGAAGAACUGGGACUGGCAGUCCUGGCGCGAUGAUGGAGCCAAACCGCAGAACGGCCGCUGGGACUGGAACAAGAAGUGGAGCGACUGGGACAAAUCCCAGGCCGAUGGUGAUGGCGGCGGCCGUGAUGGCGGCCGUGAUGGCUGGUGGGGGAAUGAUUGGAAACGGGGACGAAGUUGGUCCUGGCAACGGAAGGACAAGGAUGACACUCGAGGUUGGCAAAGAAAAAAUGCCCAAGGUGCAAGAAGCGACAGAGCCGAGACGACAGAAAGGUCUGAUAAAUCUGAUCAGGCCGAAAAGUCUGAGAAAUGA